CGGCGCCCGGCCGGCAGCGGCAGCGGCAGCGGCAGCGGCAGCCCUGAGCAGGGUGAGACGGCCGCGGUGGCGGCAGCUCGGGGUCGGGCGGCGCCUGGAGCUUCCCGCCCGUCGCUGGCGCUAGGCCCCUCGGCUCUCCUCCGCCCGCUCCUCCUCACGGCCCUGGCUGGGUCCCGGCAGCGCGCCCCCGGGGAGGGCGGAGCCGUAGGUGGAGGAGUUACUGAUGGCCAUGGAGAAGGUAAAACAGGAGCUGGAGUCCAUGAAGGCGAAGCUGUCCUGCACUCAGCAGUCACUGGCAGAGAAGGAAACUCAUGUGACCAACCUUCGGGCCGAGAGAAGAAAACACUUAGAGGAAGUUCUGGAGAUGAACACAUGCAAAUGACAGUCCAGGCUCUCCAGGAUGAAUUGCGGAUCCAGAGGGACCUAAACCAGCUGUUUCAACAGGAUAGUAACAGUAGGACUGGUGAGCCUUGCGUGGCAGAGCUGACGGAGGAGAACUUUCAGAGGCUGCACACUGAGCAUGAGCGGCAGGCCAAGGAGCUGUUCCUCCUUCGAAAGACUCUGGAGGAGAUGGAGCUGCGGAUUGAGACUCAGAAGCAAACCCUGAACGCUCGGGACGAAUCCAUCAAGAAGCUUCUGGAGAUGUUGCAGAGCAAGGGGCUUUCUGCUAAGGCUACUGAGGAGGACCAUGAGAGAACAAGGAGACUGGCAGAGGCAGAGAUGCAUGUCCACCACCUCGAAAGCCUUUUGGAGCAGAAGGAAAAAGAGAACGCUCUGUUGAGAGAGGAGAUGCAUCGGAGAUUUGAGAAUGCCCCCGAUUCUGCCAAAACUGAAGCUCUGCAAACUGUUAUCGAAAUGAAGGAUUCAAAAAUUUCCUCUAUGGAGCGUGGGCUCUGAGACUUGGAAGAGGAGAUUCAGAUGCUGAAAUCGAACGGGGCUUUGAGUACUGAAGAACGAGAGGAAGAAAUGAGGCAAAUGGAGGUCUAUCGGAGCCAUUCUAAAUUUAUGAAAAACAAGGUCAUGAUUGGUCAGGUGAAGCAGGAGCUGUCCAGAAAGGACAGAGAACUACUAGCCCUACAGACAAAGCUAGAAACACUCACCAACCAGUUCUCAGACAGCAAGCAGCACAUUGAAGUGCUGAAGGAGUCCUUGACUGCUAAGGAGUCGAGGGCUGCCAUCCUGCAGAACGAGGUGGAUGCUCUGCGGUUGCGUUUGGAAGAGAAGGAAACCAUGCUGAAUAAGAAGACAAAACAAAUCCAGGACAUGGCUGAGGAGAAGGGGACCCAAGCUGGAGAGAUCCAUGACCUCAAGGACAUGCUGGAUGUGAAGGAGCGGAAAGUUAAUGUCCUUCAGAAGAAGAUUGAAAAUCUCCAAGAGCAACUUAGAGAUAAGGAAAAGCAGAUGAGCAGCUUGAAGGAGCGAGUCAAAUCCUUGCAGGCUGACACCACCAACACUGACACCGCCUUGACUACUUUGGAGGAGGCCCUUGCCGAGAAGGAGCGGACAAUCGAACGCUUGAAGGACCAGCAGGACCGAGAUGAGCAAGGAAAGCAGGAGGAAAUUCAUAACUACAAAAAAGAUCUUAAAGACCUGAAAGAAAAAGUCAGCCUAUUGCAAGGCGACCUCUCAGAGAAAGAGGCUUCACUCUUGGAUCUGAAAGAGCAUGCUUCUUCCCUGGCUUCCGCAGGACUGAAAAAGGACUCACGGCUUGAGACACUAGAAAUUGCUUUGGAGCAGAAGAAGAAAGAGUGUCUGAAGAUGGACUCGCAGUUGAAAAAGGCACACGAGGCAGCAUCGGAAGCCAGAGCCAGUCCAGAGAUGAGUGAUCGAAUACAGCAAUUGGAGAGAGAGAUUGCCAGGUACAAAGAUGACUCUAGCAAGGCCCAGGCAGAAGUUGACCGCCUCUUGGAAAUCUUGAAGGAGGUGGAAAAUGAGAAGAAUGACAAAGAUAAGAAGAUUGCUGAGUUGGAAAGAAUCCUGUUUUGGUGGUGCAGCUCUUGGGAUCAGUGCUCUGAGCACCCAGCAGAAGAGGCUCUGAAUGCUUCGGGCUCAGUUAGUCAAGCACCGUGAGCUGCAACAGGGAACAUACAGACAGGAGGCCAGGUGCGCUGAAUCGACAGUCCUGAGUUUUGAAGUUUUCCUGGAGGGGACGUGAGGGGAUUUCUCCAGGAUCGAUGGAACUCCUUUUGUGGUGCUUCAGUGCUUCCACCAUGAAGCGCUCAUUUCCCUAUGCACGUCCCCCCGCCCCACCCCACUGUUUCCUUUACUCUCUCUCCUCCCACUCCCAAUUCCCAGAAGAAGAUCUAGGAAUCAGGUCCAAACAUAAGAUCUUUGGAGAAUCCUUGCGUGUGUUUUUUUAAAUUUUUAUUGGAGUACAGUUGAUUUACAAUGUUGUGUUAGUUCCGGGUGUACAGCAAAGUGAAGCAGUUAUACAUAUACAUAUAAUCCACUCUUUUUUAGACUCUUUUCCCAUACAGGUCAUUACAGAGUACUGAGUAGAGUUCCCUGUGCUAUACAGUAGGUCCUGAUUAGUCAUCUAGUUUAUAGGUAGUGUUGUGUAUAUGUCAAUCCCAAUCUCCCAAUUUAUCCCUCUCCCCUCCCCACUUUCCCCCCCUGGUAACCAUAAGUUUGUUUUCUACACCUGUGACUCUAUUUCGAAUCCUUGUGUUUUACUCUCGUCCUGAAACUAGAUAAAGCCUAGUCAUCAAUCAACAGGUGAGGAAGUAGAGCCAGGCAUUGGUUGAGUGUUGAUGUUUCUGGUACAAGCUGACUCUCCGCUCAUCAUCCCACACCUUCAUCAGCCAUCAUCAUGCUGUCUGUCACCUCCUCUUCUCUGAAGAAGGCCCGGGCCAUCUUUUGAAAAUACAAAGUCCAGCAUUGAGACCCUCCCAACUGAGAGAGCAGGAAGGGCCAGGGCUGCUGAGGUGUGCUCCCUGAACCCCACUCAGGGGAUCUGUGUUGUUCCCACCUGGGUGUAUUGUGUGGACCCCUAAAAUUCCUCCAAACCUCUGCCUCUGCGCUUCCAGAUUGCCCCUGAAAGAAAUGAACAAUAAUCAUAAUACCCACCACGUACUGACCGCUGGUCUCUUGAGGGCUGCCUUGCCAUUGGACAACAUUUGUUGAGCUCCUACUGUUUGCCAGACAGCGGGUACAUGCUUUAUGUGUGUUUAGCCCUUCUGACAACACAGUGAUUUAGGACCUGUUAAUAUGUCUAUUUUGCUGAAAUGGAAACUGAGGUUCAGAGUGGUUAAAUAACAAGGAAAAGUCCAUGUUUUUACCCCCUACACUAAUAUAUAUGUAUAUUUGUGUAUAUAUAUUCUAUAUAUGUAUAUUUAACAUGUAUAUGAUGUUGACUGAAAAAAAUGCACAACCUCAAAGUUGAGAAAUAUGUUUUAUUGGGUGGGCAAAACUGAGGACUUAAGCCUGGGACACAGCCUCUCAGCUCUCUCUGAGGGACUGAUCCAAAAAGGAGAGGGAGGAGCCAUCAACUAUAGGAGUUUUUGCAACAAAGACCAGGUAAUCGGAACAUGGAAAGAUUCCUGUUAAUUAAAGAAAACCAGACAUCUCGAGUUAAUGAAUUUUUAGUGUUUUUCUGUGUAUGGGAAGAUGCAAAAGUCUGGGCUCACUGAAAUCCUUCCUUUGAUAUGCACCUCAGCUAUGUGGGCCAGUAUCCUGUGCUUUCUCAUCCUGAGUUCCCUCGGGGUGCACCAUCAGGGGAGGCUGUGGCAGUUGACUGCUAGAUGGUGGGCAUCCUGUUUCCAUCCUGAGUUUCCUCAGGGUUCACUCUUGGGGCGGCUAUAAUGUGAUGGCUUGAUGGCUGCAACAUCCUUUGUUUACUGAUAUGGCAGGCAACAUUUUUUCAUUGACAAUUAUAUAUAUACAAUCGACACUGUUCGUGUUACAUAUAUUAUCUAUUUUACGUGCUACGCGUUUUUUAGACUCUUUGCAAAAAACCUUGCAAGGUAGGUGUUAUUCUUUACAUUUUGUGAAAAAGAAAUUAAAGCCUCUAACAGGCUGAGAAAUUUGUCAGGUCACUACAUCACGAUUAACUAGUCAGUGAACAAGAUUUUGAAUCCAAGUAAUCCUUUUGUGAAAACAAAACCCCCCCAAAAACAAAGAAACUAUGUUCUUUCCAUGCUCCAAAAUAUAUUUUGGUCAAGUGACUUAAGAAACUCUCCCUUAAGCUUGUCUAAAGCAGAAAAUAAGACAACAGUGCUUGACUGGAAAUUAUCAAAAGGCAGGAUCAAGCAGGAAUAAUGAAAGGGAGCCUGAGGUUUCCGGGGAUGAACCCACUGGCUAAAUAGGCCCCUGGAAACAGAAACCCACUUUUUUUUUUUUUUUUAAUUCAUUUGUAUAUUUGUUUAUUGACUGUUUUCCUCCAAUAGAAUGUAAUCUUUUUUUUUUUUUAACAUCUUUAUUGGAGUAUAAUUGCUUUACAAUGGUGUUAGUUUCUGCUUUAUAACAAAGUGAAUCAGCUCUACAUAUACAUAUAUCCCCAUAUCUCCUCCCUCUUGCUAGCUCAUGAUUUAGGACCCACGCACAGGAGAAUUCAGGCUGCAUUAAUAGAAAAAUAUGACUUGCAGCCCUGGAGAUGUGGCUUCAGAGGAAAUGAUGACUUAAUGCUUGUGAUCUGUAAGAAUGUUGGUGUUUUGGGUCAAAUAACCUAUGCAUUUUCUCAAGGGAGGUAGGUUUGGGGGGAAAAGGCAAUAAUUAAACUGAACAUACCAACAAGGAAAAAAUAAUUUAACUGUUACGAUGACUCAUUUAGUUGGCAGCUUCAGGUAAUGAGGUGCUCUGGAUUAAUUUUCCUGAGAGCAGAAACAUAUCCCUUUAAAUGAUGAAGCAUGUUAUCUUCAUCAAUCUUUGAAGAAAAUAUUUCCAAGGUACAUUUUAUAUUCUCUUUUGUCAGUAGUAUUCUUGACAAUUUUUAGGACUAGAGACAUAGUUUUGUUUUUGUUUUUAAAGAGUUUAAAGAACGAUUUGAUCUUUGAAAAUCAUGUUACAUCGUUGGUCCCCAGUGUUUUCAUCUACAGUAUGUGAACUUUGGGUUAGAUGAUCAUCAAGGUUCCUUCCAUCUCUAAUAUUCUCUAAGUAAAGGGCUCUUGUGCACAAUAAAAUUUAAAACAUAAGAAUCAUCGAGGGGGCUUGUUAAAAAUGCAGAUUCUUAGGUAUCAUUGUUGGAGGUUCUGAUUCAGUUGGUUUGAGUGAGGCAAGAGAACCUGUAUCAUAAAUGGGUGCAUACCCAUGGCCAUUUUGAUGACCUCAUUUUGAGAAACUGAUUCUCUUUCCAGCCUCAGAUAACAGAUGUCAUAACCAUUUUUGGCCACCAGGGUACCGUUGCUGCCCUGCCCUCAGUGGUGUGAAGUUGUAAGGGGCUGACCAGACCCAGAGGCCUGUGCUUUGAUAGUUUGCUUCUGAUCCCAUCCUCAGUAUUAACUGUCACUUAGUUAAUGUAGCUGCUGAGGAAAACCAGAUAAUCGAGCUGCAAAUUAGGUGCCCUGCAUUUGUACCUAUGAGUCAUUAAGUUUUCAUCUCAGGCUGGGUAGGGGCGAGGGGAGGACUUCCAUUUUCUCCUGUAGUCUAAAGUGCAUAAAUGAGCCACGGCUAUCUUAGACCCUGUUUGGAGGUCUCUUACUCUUCGUUCGUGUUCUUUGUCAUCCUCAGAGUCAAGUUUCUGGAAGGGCGACAUCAGGAGAAGUGGCAGAUUUCUGUGUAAAUAUGUUAACAUUUCAUAGUGAGGUUUGGGGUCAGGGCUGUCCCUGACUUCUCUUUUAAAUUUCUUUAUUUUUUAAACAGUUGUAUUGAUGUAUAAUUCACAUGCCAUACAAUUGACUCUUUUGAAGUAUAUGCAAUUCAGUGGUUUUUAGUAAAAUCUGUGAAUUUAUAGAGUUGUAUGCACCUAUCAUGUAAUCUAAUUUUUGAACAUUUCCAUCACCCUCCAAAAGAAACCUUGUGCCUAUUUGGAAUCACUCUCAUUCCCACCCCCAGACCCAUUCAACCGAUAAUUUACUUCUUACCUCUAUAGAUUUGCCUUUUGUAGACAUUUCAUAUAAAUGGGCUCAUACCGUA